GCCGGCGGCAGGGCCUGUGGAGGGCGGGGCGAGGGUCUGCGCGGCAGGCCCCGGGACGCGGCGUUUCCCGGCGUCCGCUCGGGGGUGCCCGGCCGCGGGCUCGGCCCCCUCACAGCCCAGGGUCCGCGGUGGCUUGGGGGUCCUGAGGGCCUGACCUCGGCGGUGCGGUGGGGAAGACAGGAGCCCGGACACGAGGUCGAGGCCACAACUUCCCGCUGCAGUUUUCGUGCUUUUCUUGCGAGGAACGGGUUGCAAAGGAACCUCCUGCCCUUAAAGUGCUUCCUGUGCCUUAGCACCUGCGUUGGGCGCUCUGCCUUGCUCGUCCCCGGGUGACCCCCCCGCCGCACUCGGUGUGAGGCCUUGAGCGGCCCUCCAGGUCCCGGUGGUGCUGGGAUCUCUGGGUUCCUGUCGGAGGGACUGGAACCCCGUGAGUUUCGUGGCCGUCUCUCACCAUGGCCCUCCGCCGGCUCUCCCGCUCUGCGACCAUCUGCUACACUACUGGACAGAUGAAUUUGUCCCAUUGAGUUCAGGCAGGUGUCAUAAUCUGGUCCAAGUGUGAGAAGCAGAGACUUUAGGAGGGAUUGAGGGUCCCGGGGCCCCUGUCAACUCUCAGGAUCUGGGAUCGGCACUGCCGCCCAGCGUGGGAUCAGGUGGGUGAUGGGGUGUCUUCCGUUGUUCAGGAGCGGUGUCCAUGUGCCUUCUUUAAACGGCUGUCAUUUACUGUGUGCCCAACCCCACACGAAAUGCCUUUCUUUCGUGAUGUCGUGUGAUUGUUGAAAUGACCCCGCGUGAUAGGCGGUUUCCCGUUUUACAUAUAGGAACACAGUUAAGUAACUUAGCCAGGGUCACCCAGGUCGUGUGGAGCAGGGAUGAAAACGUCCAGGUCUUGCUGCCUCCAAAACCCACACUACUGUGUAUACUUUCUAAGGAACAACUUAAAGUAGAUACUCCCAAGUAUAAGACAGCGAAAUGUGCGGACAGUCUGGGUUAAAAUUAAAAGCAUUUAUAUAACAUGCCUUUUUCUUUAAGGGUAGUAUUUAGUUUCACAAUGUUUGGGGACCUAUUUGAAGAGGAUGAUUCCAGUGUGUCACAUAAUCAGUAUGGAAAAGGGAAGAAAUUAAAGACCAAAGCUGUGGAGCCCCCUCCUCCUAGAGAAUUCACCAAUUUAAGCGGAAUCAGAAAUCAGGGUGGAACCUGUUACCUCAAUUCCCUUCUUCAGACUCUUCAUUUCACCCCUGAAUUCAGAGAAGCUUUAUUUUCUCUUGGCCCAGAAGAGCUUGGUUCGUUAGAGGAUAAGGAUAAACCUGAUGCAAAGGUUCGAAUCAUACCCUUAGAGUUACAGCGGCUGUUUGCUCAGCUUCUGCUCUUGGACCAGGAAGCUGCAUCCACAGCCGACCUCACAGACAGCUUUGGGUGGACCAGCAAUGAGGAAAUGAGGCAACAUGAUGUGCAGGAACUGAAUCGAAUUCUCUUUAGUGCUUUGGAAACUUCUUUAGUCGGGACCUCCGGCCACGACCUCAUCAAUCGUCUCUAUCACGGAACCAUUGUUAACCAGAUUGUUUGUAAAGAAUGUAAGAAUGUCAGUGAAAAGCAGGAAGACUUCUUAGAUCUAACAGUAGCGGUCAAAAAUGUGUCAGGUUUGGAAGAUGCUCUCUGGAACAUGUAUGUAGAAGAGGAAAUUUUUGACUCUGACAACUUAUACCACUGUGGAACUUGUGACAGGCUGGUUAAAGCGGCGAAGUCAGCCAAAUUACGUAAGCUGCCUCCCUUUCUUACUGUUUCGUUGUUAAGAUUUAAUUUUGAUUUUGUGAAGUGUGAACGAUACAAGGAAACUAGCUGUUAUACCUUCCCUCUCCGGAUCAAUCUCAAGCCUUUUUGUGAACAGAGUGAAUUAGAUGAUUUGGAAUAUGUAUAUGACCUCUUCUCAGUUAUUAUACACAAAGGUGGUUGCUAUGGAGGACAUUAUCAUGUGUAUAUUAAAGAUGUUGAUCAUUUGGGAAACUGGCAGUUUCAAGAGGAAAAUAGUAAACCAGAUGUGAAUUUGAAAGACCUUCAGAAUGAAGAAGAGAUUGAUGAUCCACUGAUGAUUCUAAAAACAAUCUUAUUACAGGAGGAGAGUAAUCUACUUCCUGUUGAUCAGCUGGGCCAGAAACUCUUGAAAAAGAUAGGAAUAUCUUGGAACAAGAAGUAUAGAAAACAGUAUGGACCGUUGCGAAAGUUCUUACAGCUUCAUUCUCAGACAUUUCUACUCAGUUCAGAUGAAAGUACAGUUCGUCUCUUGAAGAACUCUACUCUCCAGGCUGAGCCUGAUUUCCAAAGGAAUGAUCAACAAAUUUUCAAGACCCUUCCUUCAGAAUCCCCAGGAUUCAAUGGUAGAACGUCCUGUCCCCACUGGUUUGAUAUAAAUGAUUCCAAAGUCCAACCGAUCAAGGAAAAGGAUAUUCAACAGCAGUUUCAGGGUAAAGAAAGUGCCUACAUGUUGUUUUAUCGGAAAUCCCAGUUGCAGAGACCCCCUGAAGCUCGAGGUAAUCCGAGAUACAGGGUUCCACGUCAUUUGCUGAGUGAAAUGGAUGCAGCCAACAUUGAACUGCAAACAAAAAGGGCAGAAUGUGACUCUACAGAAAAUAAUUUUGAAUUGCAUCUCCACCUGGGCCCUCAUUAUCAUUUCUUCAACGGGGCUCUGCACCCAGUAGGCUCUCAAACAGAAAGCGUGUGGGAUUUGACCUUUGAUAAAAGAAAAACUUUAGGAGACCUUCGACAAUCAAUAUUUCAGCUGUUAGAAUUUUGGGAAGGAGAUAUGGUUCUUAGUGUUGCAAAGCUUUUACCAGCAGGACUUCACGUUUACCAGACGCUUGAUGGAGACAGCCUGACACUGAGUGAAAUUGAACUUGCUGAUGGGGAAGACAUCUUUGUAUGGAAUGGGGUGGAGGUUGGUGGAAUCCAGAUUCCAGCUGGUAGGGACUGCGAACCUCUGCUUUUAAAUGUUCUUCAUCUAGCAACGAGCAGUGAAGGGGGAAAGUGUCAGCAGUUGAUAGAAUUUCCACACGUCUUCCCAUCGAAUGCAGAAGUAGGCACUGUAUUCACAUCUUUAGCAAUCCCAGGAGGUGUUGUCUUAAUCAACAAUACUGAAUCUAUAGGAGAAAAGAACUGGACCACCAUUCCCAAGGUAGACUUGAAGAAGACAUUCAGAGAACAAGGUCUCAGAAACGGAAGCUCAAUUUUAAUUCGGGAUUCUAAUCAUGAUAACAGUUUGUUGGCCAAACAAGAGAAAUGGAUCACUAGUAUGAAUGAAAUUGACUGGCUCCAAGUUAAAAAUUUAUGCGAAUUAGAAUCUGAAGAGGAGCAAGUUAGAAUAUCAGCAACUGUUAACACAGUGGUGUUUGAUAUUCGAAUUAAAGCCAUACAGGAAUUAAAAUUAAUGAAGGAACUAGCUGAGAACAGCUGUUUGAGACCUAUUGAUAGAAACGGGAAGCUGCUUUGUCCAGUCCCAGACAAUUAUACUUUGAAGGAAGCAGGACUGAAGAUGGGGAGUUCCCUGGGGCUGUGUCCUGGAAGGGCACCGACUUCCUCCCAGCUGUUCCUGUUUUUUGCCGUGGGGAGUGAUGUUCAGCCUGGGACAGAGAUGGAGAUCAUAGUAGAAGAAACGCUAUCUGUGAGAGAUUGUUUAAAGAUAAUGCUGGAGAAAUCUGGCCUACUAGGAGACGCAUGGCAUUUACGAAAAAUGGAUUGGUGCUAUGAAGCUGGGGAGCCUUUAUGUGACGAAGAUGCAACACUGAAAGAGCUUACGAUAUGUUCUGGAGAUACUUUGCUUUUAAUUGAAGGAAAACUUCCUCCUCUGGGUUUCCUGACGGUGCCCAUCUGGUGGUACCAGCCUCAGCAUCCCUCGGGUCACUGGAAGAGUCAUCAGGACCGGAGGAACUGUACCCCUUCUCAAGGUGGGAUCUGGAGAGCUAUUUCCGCCCAAGGUGCUCCUGGUGACGUACAUGCAGAAGUCUCCCUCCACUACUUGGGAGACAUUGACAUCUCAGAAGAUGCCACCUUGAUGGAGCUGAAGUCUCAGGCCAUGACCUUGCCCUCCUUCUCGGAGUUUGUCAUCCCAUCCCCAGCCUUCCUCAGAGCCUGGACGGUGGAAAGUAAGCGCCCCAGCAGGCUCUUACGAGCUGACCAGCAGCAGCUCAAGGAAUAUAAACUGGGCAGGAGAACUGAGAUCUGCUUAGAGCCCCUUCAGAAAGAAGAAAACUUGGGCCCCCAGGACGUGCUGCUGAGGACGCAGAUGCGCCUCCCUGGCGAGAGGGCAUACGCCCUGCCCAUGAACAUGGUGUGGGAUGCUGCCCGAGGCUGGACUGCUGGCUCCCUGAGGCAGCGAGUUGCUGAUUUCUAUUCUCUUCCUGUGGAAAAAAUUGAAAUUGCCAAAUACUUUCCUGAAAAGUUUGAAUGGCUUCCAAUAUCUAGCUGGAACCAGCAAAUUACUAAGAGGAAAAAGAAGAAAAAGCAAGAUAAUUUGCAGGGGGCGCCUUAUCACUUGAAAGAUGGCGAUACUAUUGGUGUUAAGUUUUUCUAUAAAGGAGAUUCAGGAGACUACAGAUCAGCCGAUAAGUUAAGAGAGUUCAGAAGAUGAUAAGAUCAGUCUACAAGGUCCCUAGGGAUACGUCCAACAAAAAGACUGAUGAGACCUUUCUGGAGCGGUGAAUCUUGAGCUGUAUUAAAGCUUCGUCUGGAGGCAGAGCCAUGUCCUGCUGUUGGAAGGGGAGCCCCAUCGUGAAGACAGCAGUGCCUCCCACGGCUCUAAGUUCAGUGUCAUUCCAGUGGGUAACCACAUAGAUGAGAUUAAAGACGGAAGAGUCACAUGGGAGAGCAAAGGGCCAGAGAGCUAAGGUAUUUUUCAAGAACAAGGUCAGGGUACUUGCCUUACCAAGUGAUAAGACUGAUUAUACAGCUGUGUCACUUUGGGACAGGGUUGACAAAUAGGAUUGGAAUAGAGAGCCCCAAAACAGAAUCACAUAUAGAAGGACACUUGACAGGUAUUCGAGGCAACAUUGAACAUGGAUUAUUCAAUAAAUGGUGCUGGGAGAAGUGGUUAUCCAUAUAGGAAAAAUUGUAGUCAUAACUCCGAUUUCAUUUUCACAGAGAGUCCCCAAAUUUAUGUAAGCUUUAGGCCCUAUAAAAUCUGUAUCCACCUCUGCUCAUGCCAUAUACAGCAAUCAACAGGAAGACUGAAACGUGAAAAGCAGUGAUUUUCAACCGUUAGAAGAAAAGGUGGAGGAUUUCUUAAAAUAAGCAACAAAAAACACAAACCAUAAAGGAUGGAGAAAUUUGACUACGUUAAAAGUAAAAAAUUUUGUUCAUCAAAGAAACCAUAAAAAGUGAAAAGACAAGCCACAAACAAGGAAAGAUAUAUACAACAAUAUAACUAGCAAGGAUUGUUAUCCAGAAUAUGUCAAAUACUCCCGCAACCCAGCUGCAGAAAGAUCACCCGAUAAGGGAGAAAUCGGCAGAGUGACGGGCAGUUCUCAGAAGAGAGACUAAAUGGCCAGUAAGCAGAUGGGAAGGCAGCGAGUGCCCAGUGACCAGGACCUGGGAGAUGAAGCGGCGAACGACCAUUUCAACCCAGACCCUCGGAACCCACACCCCUAGCAGUGGGAGUGCAAAUUGGCACAGCCACACUGAAGAGCAGUUGCAGUUUUUAGUAAAGUAAAAGAUGCCUAUGUAAUAGAUCCAAGCAAGUCAUUCCACUCCUGGGUGCACACCCUGGACGCCUCACACAUGUGGGGAGACGUACAGAGACGUUCACUGAAGCACUGUUGGUGAUCGUGUAAACUGGAAAGAACUCAAAUGACCCUUAGAAAGGGGACAGAUCAAAUGGAAACAGAAGUAUCGAUAGAAUGGCAUAGAACGCAGCAGUUCAAACAAAGGAGCCGCAGCCACACAGGUCAGUGCGGACGUGCCUCUGCGUGUUCACUGUUGCAAAAGAAAACGAAGUCACAGGAUGGUCAUUUGUGGAAAGUGUACAACCAUGAAGAUGCUGAGGGUCACGUUCCCUUGUAGUGAUCGAGGGAGACAGGCGGGAGCAACAGCAUCAGACUCGACGUAGCGCCCUCCUCUAGUGGGGGAGGGACAUGGACAGAUUCUUAGGUUUUUUUCCUUGAAAGAUAAAAAUGAAGUAAAGAUGGUAAAAGGUUAAUAUUAUUGAUAGCUAACUUUCACUGGGCAUUUUAUUAUCUGCCAGCACCAUCCACGUGUCCCUUUAACUCUGUUUCUCCUCAUGACAACCGUAGGAAGCAGGUGCCAUGUUAAGAUGAGGAGGAUGAGGUGCGGGGAGGUUAUGGGACUGGUGUGCCCGUGGAUCUGUGUCCAGGCGUGCGCUUGACUGCCGUGCCGCACCGCCUGUGCCCUCGCCUGUGCACCCUGAGAACGUGCUGUCUGUCCGUCAGCUCCAUAUCUACUCUUAUUUUGUAAUGUUUCACAAUUUUUAAAUAGCAUAUCAAGCACAACUUACUGGAAUAAACAUUAUCAAGUGUUUAUCAUGCACCAUUUAUUGGAAUGGAGAUUAUAACGCUUGUUACAGCAGUUUUCUCUCCUGAGACUGGAGAAGGAGCAAAACCCGCCUGCGGCUGUCCGUUCGCUCCUGGUCGCCGAGAGCUCUAGUCACAGCACACGGGACUCGCUGCAGUGCUCCCAAAUCUGCACUUGGGGACGUGGCCAGUGGCCUGGGGAGUCCAUAACCCAGGCCUGGCAAGCCUCAGAACUCUCUCUGGCAUACAGCUCCUCCCUAGGAUGUUUUCGCAGGGUCAGCGCUGGCUUAGUUAACGCUCGCUGAGACAUGCCUGUGGGCCGCUGAAGGAGAAGCCAGUGUUUGCGGUAAAUAAUAUUGGCACGUGGAACCGACUGCACGUAGUGGGAAGGAGGCAGCCUUGGUCCCUCAGGAGGAUGUAUGGAGCAUCCUGUAUUUGUGAAGCACUCCGGUACAGCUUCGGGGGCCUGCCCAGGAGCUGGAAGCCCCGGGCCUUUCAGAAGCUCUCGGGGUAGCUGUAGAGCUGUGUGGGUGAGAACAGUUGGACAGACUUUGGAGAACAGACAGCCAUGUCUCUAGCCCGCGGUGAGAGCUGUGUGAUCGCUCAGCUGGCCGUGUCUCCCUCCAGAGCCCUCUGCCCGGCUCGCUCGGGCGGCACACGGGUGAGGGCGAAGGCCAGAGGGCUGCAGAGUGAUCCCGCCUCAGGCUCUUCCCGUCACUCGCUUCCUUGGUCUUCACCAAGCGCUAGAGUGUGGUGUGUCCAUUAUUAUGUUACUAAUCUAGAUGAUGUACAUUUGCAUGUCUCCUCUUGUCAAUUUAGGUAAUUUUUACACAGCUCUUUGAAGUGUAGGCUAAAAAAAUGUCUGAAAACAUUGCUCAUUGAUUAUUUUGAA